CUUCUCCGUUUGUUUACUGUGCUGCGGUGUGCUAGCUGGAGGAUGCGAGGAGCAGCGGGAGCAGCGGGAGCAGAGGGGACCUUGGCCGGAUAGUUUCCCCUCCUCACAUGGCCGCAGUGUCGGUGAAAUGUCCCUUUGUGUGGCUGCUGCUGGGGCUCUGUGUCCGGCCGUCCGAGGCCACAAACACCCGGGUCUCUAUGAACGACGACGUCCUGCUGCCGUACGCCCACGGCCACGGCCCCUCCCACUCUCACCGCCACGUCAGAGACUGUCAGCCCGUCCGUCAUGGCAACACCACCCACGAGAGCUGGCCCUCCAGUGACCACAGCCGGCUGCCGGACUCCACGGUGUUCGUAUCGGACGUCCCCGGGCGCUCCACGUGGGUUUACGGUCACAUGACGGUGGUCCACGACCCGCUGAGGACGUUGUCGGUGCUGGAGCCGGGCGGGCCGGGCGGCUGCGGGAUGAAUCACACGGCGUCGGUGGAGGAAACGGCGAAGGCUGCCGGGUGUCUUUACGCCCAGAACGCUGGCUUCUUCAACACCACCAAAGGCUACUGUCUGGGCAACGUGGUGAGCGACGGCAGGAUGGUGAGGGACGGCGGCGGCGUGCAGAACGCCCAGUUUGGAAUCAGGAGGGACGGCACCCUGGUGUUCGGGUAUCUGUCGCAGGAAGAUGUUUUGGACCAGUCCAACCCCUUCGUCCAGCUGGUCAGCGGUGUGGUGUGGUUGUUGAGGAACGGCGAGGUUUACAUCAGCGAGAGUCUGAAGGCCGAGUGCGACAAGACCCAGGAGACGGGGCUCCUCAAAACAUUUGUGGAUGUCGUGUCGGCCCGGACGGCGGUGGGCCACGACGCCGAGGGCAGACUGAUCCUGUUUCAGAUCGAUGGACAGACUGGGAUAAGAGGUAUGAAUCUUUGGGAGGUGGCCGACUUUCUGAAGAAGUACGGAGUCAUCAAUGCCAUUAAUCUGGAUGGAGGCGGGUCUUCCACCUACGUGACUGAUGGAUCAUUGGCCAGCUACCCCUCUGAUCACUGUGAAUCGGACAGCAGGUGGCGCUGUGGCCGGAACGUCUCCACCAUCCUGUGCGUUCACCCGCGGCGCUGCCAGCCGGCGAACUGCAGCGGACACGGAGACUGCGUGGACGGACGCUGUCGGUGUCAGGAGGGCUGGCGGGGCGCCGCCUGUGACUCUCUGGUGUGUCAGCCGCCGACCUGCGGCCCCCACGGCGUCUGCACUGCCAAGGGCUGUGUCUGUGAUGCUGGAUGGAGAGGAAACAACUGCAGCCGAGAGUGCCUUCCAGGUUUCUAUGGCGACGCCUGCAACCAAACCUGCGCCUGUGUCAACGGCGGUUCCUGCGACCCCGUCCACGGACGCUGCACCUGCCCCUCUGGUUUCCACGGCAACACGUGUGACCAAGCGUGUCCUCUGGGUUUCUUCGGUCCGUCCUGCGCUCAGGAGUGUCGCUGUGACGACCUGUGUCCAUGUGACCCCCAGACAGGAAGCUGUAACGCCACGCUGAGAAAAGAGACCAACUACACCUUACACAGAGCUGGACAUUGUCUGGCCAAACAGAUGUUUACAUCUUGGAGAAGAGACGAAGAAGCUCACCGAGAGCAGCCUCAUCUGACAGAGCGAACGUGGCUGAUAAUCACCUUCACUCUGGCCUCGCUGCUGUCGGUCAGCCUGCUGGUUCACCUCGUGCAGGUCUGUCGCGGCUCGGUGGCGGCUCGCCUCCCCGAACAUCGAGACUACUCCUACGUGCCGCUGAACGACAUCAACGGCGCCGCUUCACGCGCCAGAGCAGACGGCGGGAAAGGAGGUUUCGGAUUGGACGACUCGGACUCUCAGGAUGAAAUCUGGUCUCCGUCGGGGAGGUCGUAGCUGUCGGGAGGACCGAGGACGACGAGUGAGGACGCUCUGUUAUUGCACAAAGACAAACAGCUGAUUAUUGAACCGACUGUCCUGCUGAAGGAAAAAGAUAAAAGGACGAAAGCACAAGAGUUUUGCUCCAUUCGUUUUUUCUGUCUGCAGCUAAUCAGAUUUUCACCUUUUUCGUUUACAGUUCAGACCUUUUUAAAACCGAUCAUGAAAGGAAAAGAGGUCCAAGCUUUAUUUGUCUCUCAGCGAUCCGGAUGUUUGAAUCCCAGCUCCAGUAACUCGUUGUCAUGAUGAACUUUGAACUCACACCAGGUGCCUGUAUCACGAAGCGAGAUUAAUGUGUUAUCCAGCGAUCUUUGGCGAUCACGAAGCCGGUUCGCUUCGUCUGAUUUCUGACGAAUGAGAACUAACAUUAACCACAGUAUGACAGUAUCUUUCACAAGCUUUACAGUAACGUUAGCUUUGACUCAGGACUCUGUGUUGUGGCGGGUUCUCGGCCGUUUGUGGACGUUAGUGGACUUCGUUUAUAAGCUAACAUUAGCACAUUGUUGAUACUGCAGGAAAGUGAAGCGUGAGGGAGCUCAGGAGCAUAAAUUACUUUACAAUAAAAUGUGAUUAAUACAUGAAAAUAACACCCGAAGAAACUACGUAACAAACAGAAAGAUGAUUCACCACCCAACCUAAUUAAUGCUGCAGUUUCUUUAAUACUACAACCAUAUGUAGUUGGUUUGUCAACAAAAAGCACCAAAAACUUCUUAACAUCUUAAAUAAAGACAACCAUGUAUAAUAAUAUAUAUAUCAUAUUUUUUUACAUCCCAUCAUAUUGAGUGUUUGCUCAUGAUACCGGCUCCUGGUGGAGUUUCUACUUGUUGCCACAUAAUCAGAUGAACUUUGAACACUUUUUAAAAGCAGGAAGCUCCUGGUGUUCAAAACUUUUUUUAUCAGAGAAUUUCUUAACAUUUUUUUUUUUUUUAGAUGUUUUUUGUCAUACCGCACUGAGCUUCAUGUCUGAAUGUAAAAAUAACCACGAGAUUAAUGUUGCAACAGGUAUUCAGUUUCAGCUUCUCUGUAAAAAAUGUGCCAAACUUUGAAUCUCAUCAGGAUUUCUUACUGUUGUUCUUUUAUAAUGUCAUUUGUGAAUGUCAUCAAACUGCUGAGAUGUCACUGGCUCUUUGUGCCUGUUUUAAACACAAAUAAAUUUAAAUAUCAGGUUUUGACCACUGAAA